CCUAAAGAUCCCUUACUUAUCUGAGAACCCUUCCCUGGAAAACCCCUCUACAAAGUCAUAAUUGGAAAAGGGGCUUUAGGCGUCAGAAGUCCGAGUCAUGGAGGAGGAGGAGGAGGAGCAGCAGCAGCAGCAUCGACAUCAAAUGGAAGCAGGAGGAGAAACCCACCACAUACCAGUCGAGAUCGUGAAGGAGAUUCUCGAUCGCCUCCCUCUUGAAACCCUAGACAGAUUCAAGUGCGUAUCCAAGCUCUGGUAUUCCUUGAUCAAUCCCAUCAUCGACCAGCGUCUCCUCGAGGAUUUCGACCCGAGGCUGCUGCAACUGAACAGCGCCCGGCAAAGGCUCAAGGCUCUUUCGGAUGAGCUGAAGGGUUUGGUCAACGUCAACGCCGAGGAGCUCCGCCUGUCUCGCGUUGAAAUAAAAGCCAUGCUGGAUGAGAUGCUGAGCUUCUGGUCUAUCGACGGCGAUGUCGGUCGGGGCCUUCAAAGCUUGCCCAGGUUUCGCGAAUCUGUGAGCGGGUUUCGUGACAAUCUGGCUGCUGAUGCUGAUGAAAUGUUGUGUGCUAUGGAUGCCUUGAUCGAGGGUGGAGCCGGCGACGCGUUGCAGGACGCUUGAUUUGGCCCUUCAAACAGCUCCAACUAGACCAAACGGAGAACGCCUAUUGCUCGAGCAAUAUGCGCGAAGAAGUUAGAAGACAAAACUUCCACGAACUAAAACGGCGUUCUUCACCAAUUUGGGUCCUGUUCAAGAGGGCUGUCGACGCAAGUCUUGCACUGAAGGAGCAUCUCCUUGGUAUUUUGUUUCUGGUAUGUUUUGGGGUUUUGAAUGUGGCACUGUAAUUAUUGUUAGAAAGCUGGUGGAACUGAACCAUGGCCAGUUGUUUUAUGCUAAUUAAUUAUAUAUGGUGGAACUAAACCCUGUAACAAGUAAUAGUGUCCGGGUGGCAAUGUUUUAGGGGAGUUAUGUGAGA